GCACGAACUCUUGGCAUGUGGGACAAUGUCCGGAAGGGCGAGGGCGUUUGGAUUUUCCCUCACCAGAACAACGCGGACUUCGUCAUGAACUCUGCCGCCGAAUACGAGAUUCCCGUUCUGAAGACCUUCAUCGAACCUCUUCUCCGUGCUGUCACCCCGGAUGAUGAGACCUUCCCGAAGGCCCAGGAGAUUUUGAAGCUCCUGGACCUCUUCGCCACCUGGCCGCCCGAGCUUGCGCCACCUCUGGCGUUGCUCCGCGAGUUCGUGGGGGAGGGCGCCUUUGACUGCCACUGA